UCCUGCAAAACACCCUCUGAGGUUUCUACCAUACACUCCCCCUUUGAUCCCCAAAUCCUAUCAGCAAUUACACCAAAACAGAUUUCAUCAAUUACACAUCGAAUCCAAACAAACACACCCCAUAAUGCUGUGUUAUCAUAUUUCACUUUAAAGUUUUCCCACAGAAAUCCUCAAUGAAAGACAUGAAAAAGUCCUGGAAAGUACUAAUCUUCAUGUUUUUCUCGUUCUCUUUCGAAUUUCACGGCGGCAUUGGAGCCAAACAGAAAGGUGGUGGUGGUGGUGGUGGUGAUGAUGAUGAGAAUGUAAAAGCCGCACCGCCCCCGGCACAAGAUAGCUGCAAUGGGAUUUUCCUAUCCUAUGACUUUGUCUCUCGGAAAAAAGAAUAUCCCCAUUUGAAGAAUGCUUCGGCGCAAUCAUGGGCUUUCGAAUCCACCGCAACCAUUUUGAAUACCGGAAUUUACGAGCUCAAAGCUUGGAAAAUGUUCAUCGGGUUCCAACAUAAUGAGAUCCUUGUCUCAGCAGAUGGAGCUGUCUUGAUGGACGGUGGAGAUUUCCCUGCUGCAGUUGGCAAUGGGACUCUGCUUUCCGGGAACUCUCAACCGGAUUUGAAAACCUCGAUCAACACCGCUGGAGAUCUUACCCAAAUUCAAGUCCAAAUCCCGUUAAUCGGUACUGUGUUUGGGGUGAAACCACCUGGUAUUCCAAUGCCUAAAACCAUUAAGCUUGUAAAUGAUGGAUUUCAGUGCCCGGCACCAACACGUUUAAAAUCCUCAAUGCAUGUUUGUUGCGUUAAGAACCCAAAAUACAAGGUGAAGGAUUUAAAAAUGAAAUUCUUGCCGCGCCAAAACGGCGAUCUCUCAAUCACCUAUGAUGUUCUUCAAGCCUAUGGUAAUAAUUAUCAAGCUCAGGUGACCAUAGAAAAUAGAAACCCAUUAGGACGUCUAGUCCAUUGGAACUUAACUUGGGAAUGGAUGAGAGGAGAAUUCAUUUACUCCAUGAAAGGAGCUUACACUCGUAGAAUAGACGCUUUGGGUUGCAUUUAUGGUCCUCCUGGUCAGUACUACAAGGAUAUGGAUUUUUCCAAAGUGAUGAACUGUCAAAAGAACCCGAUCAUCGUCGAUUUACCGCCCCAAAGAGCCAAUGAUAGUGAAGUCGGAAAGAUACCAUACUGCUGCAGAAAUGGUAGCAUUUUGCCUGUAAUCAUGGACAAAAGCAAAUCCAUGUCCGUUUUUCAAAUGCAGGUGUUCAAAAUCCCUCCUGAUUUGAAUAGAACAGCUCUUUAUCCUCCCAAAAAAUGGAAAAUCGUGGGUCUUCUAAACCCGAAUUACAAAUGUGGACCCCCAAUAAGAGUUGACCCUACCGAAUUUCCCGACCCCAGUGGGCUUCAGACCACAACCACAGCAAUAGCAACCUGGCAAAUUGUCUGCAACAUCACAAGGCCAAAGGGUAGUAGCUCAAGGUGCUGUGUAUCUUUCUCUGCUUACUACAAUGCCUCUGUUAUACCCUGUAAUACGUGCGCUUGCGGUUGCGAUGACACAGAAAAAUGCAACCCAAGUGCCCUACCAUUGCUUCUACCACCAGAAGCACUUCUAGUUCCCUUUAAAAACAGGACAUCUAAGGCCCUAGCUUGGGCCAAAGUCAAGCAUCUCGAUGUCCCGAGGACAUUACCUUGCGGCGAUAAUUGUGGUGUUAGCAUAAAUUGGCAUGUUUCCACAGAUUACAAAAGUGGAUGGACAGUGAGAAUCACACUUUUCAAUUGGGAAGAAAUAAAUUUCGAAGAUUGGUUUGUGGCAAUUCAAAUGAAGAAAGCUGCUCAGCGUGGUUAUGAGAAUGUGUAUUCUUUCAAUGGGACAUUGCUUUCCGAGAUCAACAACACCAUCUUCUUUCAAGGAUUAGAAGGGUUGAAUUUUUUAAUGGGUCAGACAAAUGGGUCAAACCCAAAAAGAGAUCCAAGGGUUCCUGGAAAGCAACAGUCUAUAAUUUCUUUUACAAAGAAGCAUACACCAGGUAUACAGAUAGCUAAGGGAGAUGGAUUUCCUGCAAAGGUUUUUUUCAAUGGGGAAGAGUGCUCACUUCCUAAGCACUUUCCAAUAGGAAAUGGGAAUAUUUUGCGUGUAAAUUUGCUACUUGUAAUUUUUGUUACACUUGUAAACUUCGCAGUGAUGAAUUAUCAUCAUUAAUAUGAUGGCAUCUCAGGUUUUCCUUUA